AUGCAGAACUCAACGGUAACUAACAAUAACGGCAAACACCAGGACUACACCAACAGUGAUAUAAGUUCACUGCCAAUGGCAACACUGACAUCGGUAAACGUCACUAUCAGCGAUAUUAUACCAUACGUUGGCUGUGUAACAAUUGACCGGCCCCUUUCCGACUACCUUAAUCAAUUCACCGAGAUGGAGGGCAUUAAACUGACCGAGCUGUUCGCAUCAAUGGCCGUAUACAGGGAGCCAAUAAUACCGGCCAUCGCCAUAUCCCUGCGCCCUCUGGUGGGCACCGAUAUGUUUGAUGUGGUGUUUGGCCGACUCGGACUACAGUUGAUAAGUAUGAUUGAGAUGUGCAAACAAUUGACCGGGUUCAAAAGCAUAUGCGAUGAUGAUCAAAUGAGCUACUUGGGCUCAGUUGACAACUUUGACCCUAUCAAUAAUCGGUGGAUGUAUAAAAUGGAUAAUACCAACGCACUUAUGGUGUAUUUAAGUGAGCAUGGUCCAAAUAUAGCCGAUAUGUUUAAAAAGUUUUUGCAUGGUAUUUGUUAUGAAUGGGACUCGGACGGUACGCUUAUGGUCCUGUUAACAGCAAUAAUACUGUUUAAUCCAAAUCGCCCAUCGCUUAUACAUAGAGAAGUGGUAAAAUUUCAACAAUACGUUUACAAAUAUUUAUUAAAACGGUAUUUACUAUUGAAAUAUCGGACGGAAUUUGUGUCGCAAACAAAAUACACUAAACUUAUGGACAUUUUAACGGAUUUACAACAUUUGGGCGAAAGUCAGAGACAAUUGGUGAGUGAAUAG